AUGCGCAGUUUGGAGGGCACAAGCAAGCCAGCAAAGUGUACAGCCCCAAAGGAAGGGGGGCCCCUGAGGAAGAAAUCCAGGAAGAGCUCCAAGGGCUCAGAAGGACUCUCUGGGCAGGUGGCCCAUCUCACCUCUGAGCUGGAGAGUAUAAAGACACUGCUUGAGGCCCUCAGGGGAGACGACGGCAUUGCUCUAGUUACGGACCCUGUACCAGAAGAGAGUUUGGGUUCAAGGAACCCUGCUUUUGAGGAGGAGGAUGCUAUAUCCUUAACGGCAUCUGCAACCCAUUUUCAUGAACAGUUAGAUUCGGGCUCCUGUAUAUCAAAUCCCAGCUCCCACACCACCUCUGGGUCCCAUUCGGAGGAGGAUGGUUCCAUAGUGGGUACUUUGAGGACGGCUCUUGCCCGGCUGCACCUGGAUGCCCUCCAGAGCCAGCCUACUACUUCCAGUGCCUUCUUCCAAUGCCCUACUCCUAGGACUUCUUUCAUGGUUCCCCCAUCUGCGGAGUAUGUGAAAGAAGUGCAUGCCUGCUGGGCUGAUACUAAAGCCCUUACGUGGCCGACCUCGGAUGGCAGGACCUUGGCGGCCAUGCAGGACGCACCUAGAUUCUUCUUGGGCCAUAUGCCUUCAGUCGAGCCGGCUGUAGCGUCCCUCAUUGUGGCUCCAGACGAGGUUCUGAGGACUAAUGCCAGGUGUCCUUGUCCUCAGUGUCAUGUCACGGAUGACCUGCUCUGUAGAGACUAUGACUCGGGGUCACAGAAUGGUUAUUCCAUACAGUUCUGCCGCUGCCCUCCCAUCCCUGGCCGGGUCAGAAUUACAGUCAUUCACGAUCAGGUGAAAGCUCUGGCACUGCGCACAGAAAUAGACUUCUUGCUGGCCAAGGGUGCCAUUGUGCCGGUCAACCCCUUACUGGAUGUGGGGGCGGGGGGGGCCCGCAUUCCAGUUGUGCAGAAUGGGCUGGCCAACUUUCUAUCCCGAGAGCGCCCACCUCCAGGGGAGUGGAGGCUCCAUCCGGAAGUAGUGGAGGACAACUGGCAGAGCCCCAACACUCCUGAGGGUCCUUCAGGAGGGACAUUGGGUUCUCCUAGUUGCACCCUUCUGGCCCCGGAGGACCUGGUUUCCACUGCUGCACAGUCUCUGUUGCAGCUCUCCAAUGCCUCUCCCCCCAGGAAGGACCUCCUGUCACAGCUGGGAGGUCGUCUCAUGCACCCCAAUCCUCGUUACCUUCGACUCUGGGUUUGGCCACUACAGGGCCCGGUACUACCUUUUCGGGCUAUGAUGGGGAGUACUGAAGAUUCAUCAGUAAAAUGUACCCUGCAAGGUACAGCUCGUUUACCUGCAUUUGCAAUGGAAGGUGACUUUGUUAUUGGAGGUGUUUUCUCUAUGCACUACAAAAUGCACACAGUGAUUUAUGACUACACCACUAAGCCUGAAGCUUUAAGAUGCACAGGGAGUGUGAAUAAUCAAAAUCUGCGUUUCUGUCGUACAAUGAUCUUUGCCAUUGAGGAGAUAAACAACAGUACAGAACUGCUGCCGGGAAUCAAACUUGGAUAUCAGAUAUUUGACUCAUGCUCCUCUGGUCCUGGGGCCGUAGAUGCGGCAUUUCAACUAUCCAAUGGUGAAGAGCCAAUGUUUUAUGAAGGCAACAAUUGUUCCCAAUCUGGUGUGGUGAUGGCUGUCGUUGGAGAUUCUGGAUCAUCACAAUCCAUCGGCAUAUCACACAUCAUUGGGCCCUUCAACAUCUCAGAGGUGAGUCACUCUGCCACCUGUGCCUGCCUGUCUGAUAAAAAGCAGUACCCAACAUUUUUCAGGACAAUUCCCAGUGAUCAGUUCCAAGUUGACACAUUGGUAAAGAUGGUGAAAUAUUUUGGCUGGACUUGGAUUGGUACUGUUCACUCAGACACCGAUUAUGGAAAUUAUGGCAUGGCAUCAUUUCUUCCAGCUGCAAAGGAGGAGGGGAUCUGUGUGGAGUACUCUGAAUCAUUUUAUCGAACUGACCCACGUAGCAAGAUCCAGAGAGUGGCUGAUGUUAUCCGUAGGUCAACAGCACUGGUCAUUGUGGCAUUUUUAGCUUCUGGAGAAAUGAAAGCACUUUUAGAGGAGCUGGCUCUGGAUCCUCCUCCACCUCGUCAGUGGAUAGGAAGUGAGGGCUGGAUAGCUGAGAAACUCUUCAUGAGUUAUGGUUUCUGUGCAGGAGCCAUUGGAGUAGCUAUUCAAAAAUCUGUUAUUCCAGGUCUGAGAGACUUCCUGUUGGAUCUCUCUCCCUCUGAAGUAGCUGCCUCCUCAAUGCUUACUAAGUUCUGGGAGGAAGCAUUCAACUGCACACUGACAGCUAGUAAGGGACUUCUUCAUUACAAGAGAGUGUGUGAUGGAAAUGAAGACAUUACAACACUGAUAAAUCCGUACACUGACACAUCUCAGCUAAGAGUUUCUAACAUGGUGUACAAGGCUGUUUAUGCAGUAGCUUAUGCCAUUCACAAUGCAAUGUGUGAGGAAAAUAAUCUCAUCAUUCAGUGUGACAGAAAAAUAAAACUGAAGCCCAAACAGAUUUUUAGUGCAUUGAAAAAAGUAAAUUUUUCACGCAAUGGUUACCAUGUGUCAUUUGAUGCUAAUGGAGAUCCUGUGGCUUUUUAUGAGCUGGUCAACUGGCAAAAGAGUGAAAGUGCAGUUACUGAGCUGGUUACAGUAGGAUAUUAUGAUGCAUCACUGCCUAAAGGCCAGGAGUUUCAAAUCAACAGGAACAUAUCUUGGGUAGAAGGUGUCACACAAGUACCAGUGUCAGUGUGUUCUGAAAGUUGUCCUCCAGGAUCUCGUAAAGUGUUGCAGAAAGGAAAACCCAUCUGCUGUUAUGAUUGUAUACCAUGUCCUGAAGGAGAGAUUAGUAACAUGACAGAUUCUCCUGAUUGCUUCCAAUGUCCUGCAGAAUAUUGGCCUAAUGCAGAAAGAGAUGCUUGUUUACCCAAACCUGUGGAGUUUCUGUCAUUUGAUGAAGUCCUAGCAAUCAUCCUGGCUGCAUUCUCUAUUUUUGGAGCCUGUCUGGCCAUCAUAACAGCAGCUAUUUUCUUUUGUCACAGAACUACACCAAUUGUUAAAGCCAACAACUCUGAGCUGAGCUUCCUGCUGCUCUUCUCUCUGACUCUGUGUUUCUUAUGUUCAUUAACUUUCAUUGGAGCUCCCUCUGAGUGGUCCUGUGUGCUAAGACACACGACAUUUGGUAUCAUCUUUGUUCUCUGUAUCUCCUGUGUUCUUGGCAAAACUAUAGUGGUUUUAAUGGCCUUUAAAGCUACACUUCCAGGUAGUAAUGCCAUGAAAUGGUUUGGACCUCCACAACAAAGAAUGACUGUGGUGUUCCUUACAUUUUUUCAAGUUUUAAUUUGUACUGUUUGGUUGGUUCUCAGCCCCCCUUUCCCAAUGAAAAACCUGAGCACAUACAAGGAGAAGAUCAUCCUGGAAUGUGCAUUAGGCUCUGCUGUUGGCUUCUGGGCUGUGCUCGGCUACAUUGGCCUGCUGGCUGUUUUUUGCUUUGUGUUAGCUGUUCUAGCUCGGAAACUACCUGAUAAUUUUAAUGAAGCCAAGCUGAUAACCUUCAGCAUGCUGAUAUUCUGUGCAGUGUGGAUCACCUUCAUCCCAGCAUAUGUCAGCUCUCCUGGAAAAUUUACUGUGGCUGUGGAGAUAUUUGCCAUCCUGGCCUCCAGUUUUGGACUGAUACUGUGUAUAUUUGCUCCAAAGUGUUUCAUCAUAUUAUUUCAACCAGAAAAAAACUGCAAGAAAUAUUUAAUGAAUAAAAUGUAA